ACAGCUGUGGAGGCGCUGCCCAGGGCUCAGGCUUCCCAACAGGUUAGCUAGACGGGGAUCCACCCGGCAUUUCGCAGGAAAGGGGGGGGGAGACUGAGCGACAGGGGGAGAGAGCCUCAGAAGAGGACAGAGGGAGGGAGGGAGAGAGAGAGAGGAGCGAGAGCGCGCGCCGCGCGGUUUAAAAGGAGACACUUACACUUCCUAAUGAAUAUUUAUCCGCCGCUGCUUCCUGCUCCCGGCUUCCCUUACCUUUCCGCAGGUCAGUCCAUGGUAUUCCGCUCCCCCCUAGACCUCUAUUCCUCCCACUUCUUGUUGCCAAACUUCGCCGAUCCUCAUCACCGCUCCCUACUUCUGGCGAGUAGCGGCGGCGGGAACGGUGCGGGCGGCGGCGGCGGCGGCGGCGCGGGCGGCGGCGGCGGCGGCGGGAACUGUGCGGGAGGCGGCGGUGCUGGCGGAGCAGGCGGCGGCGGCGGCGGCGGCGGCGGCUCCAGGGCCCCCCCGGAAGAGUUGUCCAUGUUCCAGCUGCCCACCCUCAACUUCUCGCCGGAGCAGGUGGCCAGCGUCUGCGAGACGCUGGAGGAGACGGGCGACAUCGAGCGGCUGGGCCGCUUCCUCUGGUCGCUGCCCGUGGCCCCCGGGGCGUGCGAGGCCAUCAACAAGCACGAGUCGAUCCUGCGCGCGCGCGCCGUGGUCGCCUUCCACACGGGCAACUUCCGCGACCUCUACCACAUUCUGGAGAACCACAAGUUCACCAAGGAGUCCCACGGCAAGCUGCAGGCCAUGUGGCUCGAGGCGCACUACCAGGAGGCCGAGAAGCUGCGCGGCCGCCCGCUCGGCCCGGUGGACAAGUACCGCGUGCGCAAGAAGUUCCCGCUGCCGCGCACCAUCUGGGACGGCGAGCAGAAGACGCAUUGCUUCAAGGAGCGGACUCGGAGCCUGCUGCGGGAGUGGUACCUGCAGGACCCCUACCCCAACCCCAGCAAGAAACGCGAACUGGCGCAGGCCACCGGCCUCACCCCCACACAAGUAGGCAACUGGUUUAAGAACCGGAGGCAGCGCGACCGCGCCGCGGCGGCCAAGAACAGGCUCCAACACCAGGCCAUCGGACCGAGCGGCAUGCGUUCGCUGGCCGAGCCCGGCUGCCCCACGCACGGCUCGGCAGAGUCGCCGUCCACGGCGGCCAGCCCCACCACCAGCGUGUCCAGCCUGACGGAGCGCGCGGACACCGGCACCUCCAUCCUCUCGGUUGGAGGCUGCCGAGAGCCAGCAUUGUCGUCUCCUGCAGCCCAGGACCGUCCGUCUGUGUCACGGGCUGCGCCCCUGUACCUGCUGUAUCCGGGGAUCCGUGUCCUCUCCUUCCACCCGCAGCUCUGAAGCAGGCCUUAAGAGAGCGAGGGUGACAUUUCCUCCUCCUCUGUGCCAUCCUCCUGCCGUCUCCCCUCCCCACUCCGGAAUUAAGGCCAAAGGCACAGGGAGCCAGACUGUCUGCCCCUGGCCCACACUGUUGCCAGGAAGUGUUGAAACGGCCCUGCUGCCCUGCCCCUCGCGCCAGGCACCAGGAUGAAAGUAAACCCCAGAAUGGCAGUUUGGGAUUAUCUAGUGCCCUGGGCCAGAUAGGCUCCCCGCGAGGAUUAGUGGCUUCCUGGGACAAAGCCGCAGACACUCCUUCAGACAAAACCUCCUCUUCUGGGAAUCGCCUGCCUCCUUUCUUCACCAAGGUCACUGCACGGAGGGCUACGACUCUGCAGAGGACAGCUUAUCUUGGAACACCCCUGGUGAUGGGGAACUCACCACCUUUCAAGGUUCUAGAUACUUCUUCCUUGUACUGAUUCAGAAGAGCCUCCCUGUGGGGCACCUGGGUGGCUCAGGGUGGCUUAGUCGGUUACGCAACCAACUCUAGGUUUCUGUGCAGGUCAUGAUCUGGGGGUUGUGAGAUCGAGCCUCAUAUGGGGCUCUGUGCUUGGUGAGGAGUCGGCUUGAGAUUCUCUGCCUCUCCUUCUGUCCCUCCACUCGCUUGCACUUUCUCUGUCUCUAUUUCUGUUUUUCUUUUUCUAAAUAAAUAGAUAAAUAGAAAGAAGAGCCUCCCUGCUCUUCCCUGGGUUAUGUUGCAAAGCCUGCUGCUCCUACUACCGAGGAACCGGAAGCCCCACCGUCAUAGGAAAUCUGCACCUCCCCCAGUCCACAAGAUAUGUCUUUGGACACUGGAGACUUUUUCCUAAUGGGAGGGUACUUUGGGGUUGGUGUCCCUUCUGCAGCUUGCCUCCACUGCCCCUCAGGCACCUGUCAACAACAUGUUCCAGGAGCAAUCACUGCAGCCAGGUUGAUAUUGGCCCAGGUCCGUAGGGCUCAGUACUGAGUGGGGCUGCUGGCUAUUUCCUCGCAGCCCCUGGCACACCAAGUGCUUGUCCUGAAACCCUUGCUGGGUUCCCCUAAGCCCCACUAGUAUCUCUUUUCCCAUCAGCACAAGGCCUGGAUCCCAGCCACCAUGCUAGCCACUGGGGUGUGGUGGACAGACAGGUGUUCAUGGCAAAGGGUUAGUAGGCUGUGUCUUUGGAAACAGAAUGUACAGCCCAUUCACUAAGGCUUUCCGAACCCUAAUCUUCCAGUGCGGGUGUGUGUUUAAUAUUGCCGUAAAAUAUACAUAAGAUUUACCAUUUUGAUCAUUUUUUAAAGAUGUAUUUAUUUAUUUGAGAGAGAGAGAGAGAGAGAGUGUGUGUGUGUGUGUGUGUGUGUGUGCAAGC